AAGUGGAUUAAAAACCUGAUUUUGAUCUCUCUCUCUGUUCUGUCAUUCCUUCUCUCUCUCCUCUGCUGCUUUUUGAAGGUUCGAGAGGAGAAGUCGCUUUAAUAGGCCCUUUCACCAUCUGUACCUCUUCCUAAAACCACCAUGGCCGAAACUCUCGCACCCCAUUUCCUCAAACUUCCCUCUCCUCAACAUAGAGAACAACCCAUUACUCAAUCAAAUCUCUUUCUAUUCACAUUUCUCCAUUUUUAGCCUUUCUUUUCUCUUAACCCACCAUGGAAACCCAUUCCCAAAUAAUCAUCUCUCUCCCCAUUUCAAACCCCUAUUAUUGCUUUCUUACUCCAAACACAAAAUACCCUUCUCUAAUGCCACCAUAUUGGAAGGGUAUCCGCUAGCUGUACCUUCCUUUUUUGUUUUUUGUUUUUUUGUUUUUUGUUUUGUUUUUUGGAAUUCCCCUCUCUGUUUCUCUCUGUUUUUCUCUCUGUUUUUGAGUUUUCGCCAUGGAGAAGGAUACUGUUCGCAAAGCUUCUAUCCCAUGGGAGAAUGAUAGGGGUAUGGGUGAAGUAUCCAAGCCUCCACUUUACAUGGCUACUAACGGGAAACAUAAAAUGAGGAGCAAUAUGUUUUCGUCUGCUUCAGCUCGAGACUUGAGAUGUUUUGACCUGGAAAGUGAGCAACGUGAUGCAUCAUCCCCAAGAGGAGUUUUGGAAGCAAGCUUGCAGAGUUCGGAAUUCAAUGCGGAUUCUUCAAAUGAUGGUACCCCAGAAUCAGAGAAUCAACCUUUACAAUCAAGGGCUCUUUUUCACUGGAAAAAGUUCUUCAAAUUAUGGAAGAAAAGAUCGUUCAGGCGCCUAGCCUCGUUUCCUCCUCUUGGGGUGCUGAAGAUUUCAAGAAGAGGGAACAGAAGCGGCAGAGAUAAUCUGGGGCUAAGUGACUUGUACAAGUUCAAGUCCUCAUUGGGAAACUUUACUUUCUCCGAACUCCAAACUGCGACCAACAAAUUUAGCCAAGAAAAUUUGAUCGGAAAAGGUGGUUAUGCUGAGGUUUACAAGGGCCGUUUACAAGAUGGGCAGCUGAUAGCAGUGAAGAGGCUGACUAAAGGAGCACCAGAUGAGAGAACUGCUUGUUUCUUAUCCGAGCUUGGCAUCAUUGCUCAUAUUGAUCAUCCUAACACUGCCAAACUGAUCGGUUGCGGCAUUGAUGGAGGCAUGCACCUUGUUUUCAAAUUAUCCCCAAAUGGAAGUUUAGGAUCUUUUCUUCAUGGUCCAAAUGCGAACAAACUCGAUUGGAGUAAAAGAUACAGGAUUGCUCUUGGUACAGCUGAUGGUCUGCUGUAUCUCCACGAUAAUUGUCAGAGGCGUAUUAUUCAUCGAGAUAUCAAGGCCGAUAACAUUCUGCUUACAGAAGAUUUUGAACCUCAGAUUUGUGAUUUUGGCCUUGCAAAGUGGCUACCCAAACAGUGGACUCACUACAGCGUAUCAAAAUUUGAAGGCACGUUCGGAUACUUUGCUCCUGAAUAUUUCAUGCAUGGGAUAGUUGAUGAGAAAACCGAUGUUUAUUCUUUUGGAGUUCUACUGUUGGAGCUCAUAACUGGUCGUCGAGCUUUGGACGAGUUGUGUCAAAGCCUUGUACUAUGGGCAAAGCCUCUCUUAGAUAGCAACAAUCACGAGGAGGUCAUCGAUCCCGCUCUCAGUAACAGUUACGAUCUCGAAGAGGUUGAGCGCAUGAUUUUGACUGCAUCUUUGUGCAUUGAGCAGUCUCCUAUUCUCCGACCACGAAUGAGUCAGGCAAGUAGGAAACUACAGCACGCGGUAUGUACUCGUUUUUGUUUCACCAAACACGUAAUAGAACACUCUGGUUUAUUGCAGGUCACUGUCCUGCUAAGAGGUGACAAAUACAUAGCGGAGUGUGAAAAGAGUACAAGGAUGCCACUGCAACGAACGUACUCGGAAGAGCUCUUAGACGCACAAGAAUACAACAAGACGAGAUACCUAAGCGAUCUGAAAAAGCACAGGCAGGUUGCUUUUGGAUCUUGAAAGUGAUGUUGAAAAUAUUCACUUGAAGGAAAGAAGCUAUUGCAGUUUAUAAGGGGCCGUUUGGAGAAGGUCAUUGAAAUGGAAAAAGGAAGUAUUGUGGAUAUAAAGUUCAGAAUCAAAAAGCAAAGUGUUGAUAGUUAAGUUAAAAGAGUUUAACUUUGAAAUCCAGUGGAUCAACAGCCAAACAGCCCCUUUACCCUUGUAAUUUGUACUGCAUGUUUCAACACAAAUAUGAAGCUGUUUGAAUGAAAGGUGAA